AUGGACACUGCUACCAUGUUCGCCAGCGGCGCAUCGUAUGGCUCGUCGAUGCCUGCACAACCCCCAGCGAGCCAUGAUCUCGCGGACGUCAAAGCAGCGCUCAGCGGCUUCGCCGACCUCGCCAUCGACAAGAACAUUGAGCGCACCACCGUCAUAUACGUCGUCGGCUCUACUCUUCCCAAGCGAGUCCGCAAGCAAGGCGUCAAAGACAUCGGUUCAUCCCUGAACAGCAUCUUCCGCAUGGAGAAGAUUUUCCACAACGACAACGAGGCUUUGGACUCGCUCGAGGGCAUACUAAGCAAAGCCAUCGACUACCACAUCACCGCCACGGACAUUGCGAUCACCGAAGAUCGGUACAAGGAGUUAACCGCUGCUAUCAAGUUCGAGCUUGAACAUAUAUCAGACAAGCAGGACUUUUUCGCUCUGAUUAGCCGUUUCGUCUCCAAGGUCAGUGACUGCUCGGGUGUGCCUGUGCCUGCACCCAUCCUCGCUGCCAAGCGGAACGUGGCUUCGGGCUCUGUCGCUGGCCACUGGCAGACCAACACACUUCCGAUGAAAACUGGUUUAAACUGGAAUGACAGCCAUGAGAGAAAUGCAACGACUACAGCCGAGUCGGACGACAUGGACUAUGACUUCGAUGGUGCUCCGGACGUACAGACCAAUUUCGCUCCAGGAUCCGGAAACUCUCCUUUCCUUGGCGCUGUAUUCGAUUUCCAGCCUGGUAACGCAUCUGAGGAGUCGACUUCACUUGGAGACAUGAAGUUAGCGCCACGGCAAGGGAAUCACGGCUACCUCGACGGAAUCUCUUACGAGCUUCGUCAAAAAGGACUAGAGUUCUUCCACGACGAAGUGGAAAGAAUGCACUGCAAAUUAAGCCCCUUCCAGGGCAUGCUGCUCGAUCAGGACGGGCUUUACGAGCUGACGCACGGUCUGGAUGCCAAGGUUCUCCACGACAUAGACACGGAAGUGUCAUCUCGUUCUACUCCGCCGUCAGACACGUGGCUUGAUGAGAAAUACAAAGACGGAGUACAAAUGGAGCUCAUCGCCCUGGGCGAUACAAGCCACUUCCUAGCAAGAGUAAAAGAGGUCUUGUACUCCAGAGACGUCGAGAUGGCCGACGUAACCGCUCACGAUAGCUGGGCCGAUCCGACGCUCAACCAGGAAGAGUUCGACGCGCUCAAUCCUCUCAAAGCCCCACUUUUGCUACAGGGAUUGUCUGUCGACAAGCGCCGACACUUCCUUUGUCGUAUGCUACGCAAAGCGAAGCGCAUGAACGAUAAAGCAAAGUCAGCGCAGAAAGAGCGGUUACAGCCUUCAGAAAUGAUGGAUAUGGUGCAUCAAGACGAACUCGCAGUCCUUCACCGCAUCGACUCCGCAAUGCAGGGCUCAAUCUUCAAGCGAGAUGACGCGGCAAUCGAAAGAGCGUACGAUAGCCAAUCUGAGUCUGAACUCCGUGAUUGCGGCAGACUCAACUCGUUCGUGGACAAGGUGAAGGGCUACCAUCGGCGUCUGAGGAACUUUGUCUCGGCUGCGAAGGGACAUGUUGCAGACGCCCUUGGGUUGCGUGGCGAUAGCGGCGCUGCUCAUACUGCUGAUACACAGUACCCUCUUCCUCGUCCUCCUCCACCACCAGUCCAAGACAUCAAGGGCUCGUUCAUCUCCGCCCUUACGAACGCUAUCAACGCCAUGAAUUCCAGCCUGAGCGCCACACACAACCUUGACGAACUCCUUUUCCAGCCAGCCGAGGUAGCCGAUCUUGUGUCUAGACUGGAAGCUCGCAUGCGGAGCGACCUUGAGCAAAAGUACGUCGACACGCCUUUGACAUAUCAGGAGCAAGAGACUCGAUAUGUUGAAGCUGCGAACCACUUUUUACAGUUGAUACAGACUACUCACUGUUUUCGUGAGACGGUCAUGGAGUAUCGUCAGUUGACAUCUUGA